GUCCACAAACUUUGAUGAGCUGUUACCUUCAGCAGGACAACAAAAACAACCCGGGCUGAAUAUCAACUCCGGGGAUACAUUAUUAAAUAUUACAUAUUGUGGUUAAUUUAACGGGAGCGUGCGCUGAUUCCUGUUGAUAAAGCCGGACAAACAAGUGCGACGAUGGAAAACACCCCGGUGGAAAUUUUCAAAGAAGACAGCAAGUGCCUCCCCACGCUGCUGGAGGACUGUCCGCUCAAUUCCUCCUCCGCCUGGGUGUCCGGGUCCUCAGAGAGCCGCAACGUGAGCCACGACGAUGGAUGGGAGUCGGAGAGCAUGUCCCCCAUCAUUCCCAUCAUCACCGCGGUCUACUCCGUGGUGUUUGUGGUGGGUUUGCUGGGCAACUGCCUCGUCAUGUAUGUCAUCAUUAGGUACACCAAGAUGAAGACGGCCACCAACAUCUACAUCUUCAACCUGGCCCUGGCCGACGCCCUCGUUACCACCACCAUGCCCUUCCAGAGCACCGACUACCUGCUGAACACCUGGCCCUUCGGCGAGGUUGUGUGCAAGGUCUUCAUCUCCAUCGACUACUACAACAUGUUCAUCAGCAUCUUCACCCUCACCAUGAUGAGCGUGGAUCGCUACGUGGCCGUGUGCCACCCUGUAAAAGCCCUGGACUUCCGCACUCCCAUUAAAGCCAAGAUGAUCAACGUGUGCAUCUGGCUCCUGUCGUCGGCCGCAGGGAUUCCUGCGUUUGUUCUCGGUGGCACCCAAACAAACAGCGACAUAACGGAGUGUGCCCUCCAGUUCCCGGAGCCGUAUGUGUACUGGGACACUGUGAUGAAGGUCUGCGUGUUUGUCUUCGCCUUCGUCGUGCCUGUGCUCAUCAUCACCGUGUGCUACUCCCUGAUGGUGCUGCGGCUGAAGAGCGUCCGAAUGUUGUCCGGCUCGCGCGAGAAGGAUCGCAACCUGCGCCGGAUCACCAGGCUGGUGGUGGUGGUGGUGGCCGUGUUCGUGGUCUGCUGGACGCCCAUUCACAUCUUCAUCCUGAUCAAGGCGCUCGUCAGCGUGCCGGAGACCACCGCCAUCAUGGCCGCCUACUUCUUCUGCGUGGCUCUGGGCUACACCAACAGCAGCCUCAACCCGGUGCUCUAUGCCUUCCUGGACGAGAACUUCAAGAGGUGUUUCAAAGACUUCUGCCUCUCGGCCAAACUGAAAGGGGAGAGGGUGUCCGGGGGCAGAAAGGCCCCGAGCACAGUGAGGGAGGCCUCCGUUCCCCGGGAGAACCAAGGUGGGACUAGUAAACCGGCAUGACUAGCAGUGGAACUGUCUACAAUUUCGCACAUCGGAAAAGAAGACUCACAAGACCUGGGCUUAACCCACAUCACGUCAGCCAUGUAGAAUCUAUGACUCUAUUGCCAAGGUUGACUGUUUACUCAGUGAUUUCAAAUCAUACAUUGUAUAUAAUCUUUUCCAUCAAACCACAUAGAAUCAAAAACACUGACCGGCUCUGCAUGAAAACAAUCUGAUCGUCCCCCUCUGCUCUGACUUCAGCCUCUCGAAGCAAAUUACUUCCUCCUGGACGAUUGUGUGUAUUUAUUAUCUCAACGUUCAGGUGGAUUUAAAGUGGUGGAGGGUUUGUUUAUGCUUGAAAAGAAAACCUGAUGGGAUGAAACAUUUUUCUUUCUUAAGAUUAAUAUUAGGAUUUAUUGAACUACAAUGAUAAACUUUAUAAAAGAUUAAAUCUUCAACUAGUUACAUUUAUUGGUUCAAGUUUAAGAUGGGUAAUUGACUAACUUUGUUCUUUUGAUUGGACGGAGAAGACGGUUUUUAAGGCAUCGUUUCGGGCCGAGGGAAGUGAUUAGAGGCUUUUUCACUAUUUUCGACCGCCAAAAAGUAGCAUGUCCCAAACAUACUGCAUAAGAGGUCAGAAGAAUAUAAUUUGAUAUACAUUUAUUUUGGUUGCAUUUUCUUCACACCUCUCUCCUCCUCCUGUCAAUUCCGCCUAUAUUCUUUUUCUAUGACCAAAUGUGCCUUUAAUAGUCCAGGAGAAGAUGUUUGUAGCAGCGGGAAAUGAUUUCAGGGAUGAUUACUGAAUAGCACGUUUUCAGAUCUGUGCCAAAAGCUUCUGAAAUCAUUGGGGGAAAAAAUGUUGAGCAGGUGAAUCCUGGACUUGAAUGUGCAUUUACAAUUUGACAGAGGGCUCUCUAUCCGCUUUGACUCUGGAGUUGUGUCCAGAUGGAUAAGUUGUUAAAUUAUACAUAUAUAUAUAUACAUAUAUAUUUCAAUCAAGUGUGCUGUGUAUGGCUUUUACCAUGAUACACAUAGUCCUGUUGAAAUGCUCAUGCUUUUAUUGUCGAGACCUAUUCAAUGAGUGCAAUCUGAAAACAUGAAUAUCUCUUAACCAAGUUGAAACAGUUUAUCUGUCCAAUGUACAGCAUUGUAAUUACGUAUGUAUUAUUAUGUAUAGAUGAGAAAAGAAAAUCUUUGCACAAGCAUUAUUGAGAUCAACUGUAUUUGUAGCAUGUCAGUAACCAUUGCUAUGAUAGUAAAUGCAACAUCAGCUGCCUAUAUGCUCAAUGGACCGUGCUGUUAUUUUGAAUGUAUUUGCAAAUAGACUAUGUAUUAUACAAACAUGAUAUUUAAUCAUGGGAUGAACUCAUCUCUCUCAUUAGAAAGAAAGACGACAAUAUUUAAGAAAUGAAUUAACACAAACACUUUCAGUUUCUCUUGUUAUGCUUGAGAUAAAAACGUUUUUCAAAUAGUUAAUCAAUCUUUCGCCACAAGGUGUCCACUGGCAUAAAGAUGGAUAAAGCACAGUAGACCAGAGCAUCAUUUUAAUAUUUCUUUUCAGUCUGUUUUCCUGGUUCAUCCUGCGACUAUACAUAGGCUUCGUCUGCUGUCGGCCGAGCAGGAGAUAUAUUGAUCAAAACAUCCUGCCUGUGAAGAACUCAAUAUUAAAACCAGUUAAAACAAAUCCACAUCGAUUGUCUUCUCUCGCUGUGACACAAUCAGCUGGUUGACGGUUGGAAUCUAUCAUGUGGCAGCAGUGAUAUUCACCU